AUGAGGCAUCUGAAAAAUGGGAAGGGGUCGAAAUCUGUAAGAAGAUUUGUAAAAAAACGUGGGGAACUGUCGGCUCAAGGGGGGUGCCUGCUAUGGGGAGAUAGAGUGGUGAUUCCAGAGAAAUUAAGAAAAAGGGUGUUGGAUCUCCUGCACGAGGGUCACCCGGGGAUCGUUAGGAUGAAGGGUCUAGCGAGAAGCUAUGUGUGGUGGCCCUUAAUGGACUCAGAAAUUGCUGAAAGGGUAGGGAAAUGCCAGGCCUGCCAAGAGUCCAGACCUCUACCCCCAACGGCCCCGGUUCGGGAAUGGGAAAGACCCCAAGGGCCCUGGUCAAGAAUCCACAUUGACUUUGCCGGCCCCUUCCACGGCCAAACCUUCCUGGUAGUAGUCGAUGCCUACUCCAAAUGGCUGGAAAUCAUUCUCAUGAGAUCCAUGACAGCCGAAGCCGUGAUCUCAGUCCUACGGCACCUAUUUGCAACACACGGGUUGCCUGACACAUUGGUUUCUGAUAACGGCCCGCAAUUCACGGCAACACAGUUUGAGGAAUACUUGGCAGAAGAGGGCAUCCGCCAUGCCCUCUCGGCGCCUUUCCACCCUGCGACGAAUGGCCUUGCAGAGCGUUUCGUCCGAAGCGCGAAAGAGGCAUUAUCCAGACUCAAGCCAGGUGACUGGCAAUCCAAAAUAGACAUUUUUCUAGCCGUCCAACACCGAACCCCCUGUGCCACCACCGGCAGAAGCCCUGCCGAAUUACUAAUGGGCCGCAAACUUAGGUGCCCACUCGAUCGUUUAAAUCCCAACUAUACACCGGAGGGAUACAAGGGGGGACUUGAAAAGACAAGAGGAAUGGAUAUAGGCGACCGGGUAUGGGCACACAACUAUGGUGAGGGCCCGACCUGGGUAGCAGGA